AUGGAUAAACUCGAUAAAAUAAUUGAAUAAUUAGAUGAAUUAGAAAUUAGUCAGAAACACAGAGAAGAUUAGAUCAAGCGUAAUCAAAGCUCUUUCUUACUUAAGAUACCUAAAGUAAAAUAAAUUAAUUAAAAAAAGGUGAUACUAAUAUAGAGGAUCUGUGGAUUUUUAGACGAUCAAGAUCUAUAUAGAUUUACAGCAACUUGUUCAACAAUAAGAAAGAUAAUGUUUUGCCCUUUAGGGUUUAAGUUACUAUCCUUAAGUAGAAAUGCUCAACAUAUUGUUGGAGGAACAAAACAGCAAUAAUAAAUGCUUAAAUAAGAAAAAUAAGAAGUUAUUUCGAGUGGAAGCUUUUCUGGAAAUAAUAGUGUUUUUGAUUCAGAAGAAGAUGCUUUGGCUUAAUUAUAAGCUUUGAAAUCUGUGAAAGAGUUUCUAACUUCUAAAUUAUAAUCAUCCUAAGCAUAAAUAUAAAAUCUAGAAGAUUUGAUAAAUGAUUCUUAAGACACGUUAAAAUAUGAGAAAUCAGUGAAUCUAAAAUUAUAAUCUAAAAUUAACAUACUUUAAAAUCAANAUAAUAAAAGGAACCACUAAAACUAACUCUAUUAUUAAAUCUAACUUCAAAAAACACCUCUUUACCUUCUAUAGAAUAAUUUUUAAGCUCUUGCAAUUCAUCUUUGUUUUUUAUUUAGCUUAUAAUCAUAAAAUUAUUAUAAAACAUUUUAUGAUUAAGAAAACCUAUUAAUAGUUGAAAAAUAUUUGGAAAUUUUUCUAUAAUGA